GUCCCUCUGUUUCCUUCGCUAUGAAAAAUAUUUGGACUUAUUAGAACAACGGCUACCAGCGAAAGUUGAUUGGUUUAAUAAUGAAGCCGAUUUACACGUUUUGUUAAGAAAACGUGUUAACCAGUGGAUCGCCCUGGUGUUUACUUGGUGACUGAUCAAGUCGGGAUUGUGUUUGUUUGCGGGCCGUCCUUUCUCCGAGCUGCUGCUGCUGCGGCGGCUGGGAUAACUUUGGAAGAAGUUCUUUGUAUUCAGGAAACAGUUUGGCAAAGAACAUGGACUGGGGCACAGAACUUUGGGAUCAGUAUGACAUCAUAGAGAAGCACACGCAGUCCGGCCUGGAACUGGUGGAGAAGUAUGUGAAGUUUGUGAAGGAGCGGACCGAGAUCGAGCAAAGCUAUGCCAAACAACUGAGGAAUCUUUCAAAGAAAUAUAACCAAAAACGAAGCAACAAAGACGAGCCAGACUGCAGGCUGUCCAGCUACCAGUCUUUUGUGGACAUCCUGAAUGAGAUGAACGACUAUGCUGGGCAGAGGGAGCUAAUUGCUGAGAACAUGAUCAUGAACAUUUGCAUUGAUCUCACCAAGUACCUGCAGGAACUCAAACAGGAGCGAAAGACGUAUCUAUUGGAGGCCAAGAAGGCCCAGCAGAGUUUGGAGAGCACCUACAAGCAGCUCGACAGCAGUAAAAAGCGCUUUGAGAGAGAAUGGAGGGAAGCAGAGCGCGCAGCGCAGUAUGCAGAGAAAACGGAUCAAGACAUCAAUGCCACAAAAGCUGAUGUUGAAAAAGCUAAGCAGCAGGCGCAUAUGAGAGCACGUGUAGCUGAGGACUGCAAGAAUGACUACGCUGCUCAGCUUCAAAAGUACAACAAAGAGCAGAGCCAGUUCUAUUUCAAUGACAUGCCACUUAUUUUCAAUAAAUUGCAGGAUUUGGAUGAGAGGCGAAUACGAAAGUUGGGACAUGGCUACAUCUUGUUCUCAGACACAGAAAAGAAUGUGAUGCCCAUCAUUGGCAAGUGCUUGGAAGGGAUUACUAAAGCUGGCACUAAUGUCAAUGAGAAAAAUGACUCCAUGGUUAUAAUAGAGCAGAAUAAGUCUGGAUUUGAACGUCCUGGAGACUUAGAGUUUGAAGACUACAGCCAGGGUAUUAACCGAGCCUCCUCUGACAGCAGCCUCGGUACGCCUAAAGGCCCCAUGGACCUUCUGGGGAAGAACAAGAGUAAAAACUUUUGGCUUUUCAAGAGGAGCAAGCUCUCCUCCUCCACACUCACUCCUUUCUCCACACCCCCUGCCCCUUCACCUCCUAACGGAGCCCCGUCCCCCAAGUUUGGCCGGGACCCCCUGUCGUACUGUUUGAAGGAGAUCAAUAAGACAGUCAAACCCAGAAUCUCUUCCUUCCGGACACUCAGGAGAUCGAAAUUUACCCCAGACAGGAUCAUGCCUACGGUGACGGAGGACUUCGGCCAUCUCCCCCCGGAGCAGCGCAGGAAGAAGUUACAGCAGAAAUUAGAGGAAAUUUCUAAAGAGCUGCAGAAGGAAGUGGAUCAGAGCGAAGCGCUCGGAAAGAUGAAAGAUGUUUAUGAGAAAAAUCCUCAAAUGGGAGAUCCAGCUAGUCUCGCAACCCAGAUCAGUCAGACGUCUCAGAAUAUAGAGAGGCUCAGAGGAGAGCUGAACAAGUACGAGACUUGGCUGUCUGAAGCAGGUGUUCGGGGGGACACACUACGAUACAGAGCUCACUCAUUUAACAAUAAUGGAGCUCAUGAAGUUCUUAGUCCUGAUGGCGCACAUUCAGAUGAAAGCACUCCCGACCCCUCUCAAGCUAUUUAUGCCGAGUUUGAUGACGACUUUGAGGAUGAAGAGCCAGUGGCGCCCAUCGGGAAAUGCACAGCGAUGUAUAACUUCCCUGGUGCCAGUGAAGGGACCAUUUCGAUGCAGGAAGGGGAAGUGCUGGCUGUAGUGGAAGAGGACAAAGGAGACGGCUGGACCCGAGUCCGAAGACACAAUGGAGAUGAAGGCUAUAUCCCUACAUCUUAUGUCACCAUCACAUUAAACAAAUGAGCGAGAAAGAGACAUUCAGGUUACCGUUUUAACGUCAUUUCCGCCACAUGUUGGAACAAUCAUGAUGAAGCCAUGUCAGAAAUGGGUGAGACCAUCCAAAAGUGCUUUGAUAUGUUUUUUUUUUUUUUUACUUUUUA